AUGCCACAACAAGCUAGUCAGCCGUAUCAUGGCUACUAUACUGGAAAAAAACCAGAGGGACAACCAUACUAUGGAUACUAUUCUGGUUUCAACAAAUCUGCUUCUGCACAAAUUCAUCAUUUAGCUAAAACUAUAACAACACAACAACAGUCAUUUUUUGAUGAAAGCUAUAUUAGACAAUCACAUGCUACAGCAGCAACACCUCAUGGAGUCAAUCCCUUUUUAGACAAGACUGAUCCAACCUUGGAUCCAAAUUCCCCCAGUUUCAGUUCCAAGAGAUAUGUCCAGAAUAUGUGGAGGUUAUACCAAAGUGAUUCUGAUUAUUACAAACCAGGAAAAUUGGGUGUUGCUUAUAAGAAUUUGCGCGUUUAUGGUGAUGCUGUCAAUUCUGAUUAUCAAACUACUGUAUCUAAUGGAUUCAUCAAGUAUGCUAGAAAUACAAUCAACAGAAUUACCAAUAAGAAGGAAGAAAACACUUUUGACAUCUUGAAACCAAUGGAAGGAUUGAUAAAACCAGGGGAAGUUACAGUUGUGCUAGGUAGACCUGGAGCUGGUUGUACAACUUUUCUCAAAACUAUUGCUUGUCAUACUGAUGGAUUCAAUGUUGCUGAUGGAUCCAUCAUUUCUUACGACGGUAUUACUCCAGAAGAAAUUAAGCAAAAUUUAAGAGGUGAAGUUGUUUAUUGUGCCGAAACUGAAACCCAUUUCCCAUACUUGACAGUUGGACAAACAUUGGAAUUCGCCGCAUUGAUGAAGACACCAAGAAACAGGCCACUUGAUGUGUCUCGUGAACAAUACGCAAAACAUCUUGUUGAUGUUGUCAUGGCAACUUAUGGAUUAUCGCAUACAAAAAAUACUAAAAUUGGUAAUGAUUUCGUACGAGGAGUAUCUGGAGGUGAACGUAAAAGAGUUUCCAUUGCUGAAGUUUCAUUGGUGCAGGCAUCAAUUCAGUGUUGGGAUAAUUCAACUCGUGGGUUGGAUGCAGCUACUGCUCUUGAAUUUAUCAGUUCCUUGAAAACAUCGGCUUCCAUUUUAAAUGAUACGCCUUUGAUUGCCAUUUACCAAUGUUCACAAGACGCCUACGACUUGUUUGAUAAAGUGAUUGUCAUGUAUGAAGGUUACCAAAUCUUUUUCGGUUCAAGUCAACGUGCAGCAGCAUACUUCCAAAAAAUGGGGUUUGUUUGCGAAGAAAGACAAACUACACCCGAUUUCCUUACUUCGAUUACCAACCCUGCUGAGCGUAUUGUGAAGCCAGGAUUCGAAAAGAUUGUGCCCCGUACUCCUAAAGAAUUUUAUCGUUAUUGGAGAAGAUCACCAGAAAGACAAGCUCUAUUGGAAGAAAUCGAUGAGUACUUGGACAACUGUGAAAAUUAUGAUCAAAAGCAAGAAAUCUUCGAAGCUAUGCAGGCCAAAAAGUCAAAGAAUACCAACAAGAAAUCUCCAUACACGGUUUCAUUACCUAUGCAAGUGCGAUAUAUUAUAAAACGAAACUUUGAUCGAAUGAAGGGUGCUCCAUCGUUCCCAAUUUUGACAAUAUUUGGUAAUGUUGCCAUGAGUUUAAUUUUGGCAUCGGUCUUCUACAAUUUGCAACCAAAUACUGAAUCGUUUUACUACCGUACUGCCGUUAUGUAUUAUGCUUUAUUGUUUAACUCCUAUUCAUCAGUAUUGGAAAUUUACACUGUUUAUGAAACUAGACCAAUUGUUCAAAAACAUCGUGAGUAUGCGUUGUAUCCUCCGUUGGCCGAUGCAAUAGGAUCUAUAUUAGCUGAUUUCCCAUUAAAGAUUAUCAGUAGUUGCUGUUUCAACUUGGCUCUUUAUUUCAUGGUGAAUUUUAAACGUGAACCAGGAGCCUUUUUCUUUUAUUUGUUGGUUAAUUUUCUUGCAACGUUGAUGAUGUCUCAUUUGUUUAGAACUAUUGGUGCAUUCACAAAGACAUUGGCUGAAGCAAUGACUCCUUCAUCGUUGUUGUUGUAUGCCAUGAGUACUUUCACCGGGUUUGCCAUUCCUGUGACAUACAUGCUUGGUUGGUGCAAAUGGAUCCACUACAUUAAUCCAUUGUCUUAUGCUUAUGAAGCACUUAUCGCUAAUGAGUUCCAUGGCCGUACUUUUGAAUGCUCUCGAUUUGUGCCCCUGGGGUUUGGAUACCCAAAAACUGGCAACUCUGUUGUUUGUGCAACACUUGCAGCACUUCCAGGCUCCAAUUUCGUUGAUGGUGAUUUAUAUAUCAAAACGGCAUUCACGUAUGAAUGGAAACAUGCAUGGAGAAACUUUGGUAUCUUAUUGGCAUUUGUCAUUUUCUUGUUUUUCACCACGUUGUUCUUUGUUCAAUACAGUCAAGCGGCCAAAUCCAAAGGAGAGAUUUUGGUUUUCAAAAGGAGACAUGCCAAGAACAUGAAAGCAUAUGAGGACGACGAAGAAGCUUAUAUGGAAGACCAAAAGGCGUUGGAGUUUAGUGGAUCAACUGAAUUGAGUGAUGAAACUGAUUCCUAUGAGUAUGUUGAUCGUAAAUUGUUGCAAACAUCAAACGUCUUCCACUGGCGUGAUUUAACCUACAAGUUACACAUCAAAGGCGAAGAAAGGACCAUUUUGAAUGGAGUUGAUGGUUGGGUCAAGCCUGGUGAAGUUACAGCAUUGAUGGGAGCAUCGGGUGCAGGUAAAACAACAUUAUUGAAUGCUUUGAGUGAACGUUUGACUGUUGGUGUCAUCACUUCUGGCUCCCGAAUGGUUAAUGGAUGUCAAUUAGAUAAUGCAUUCCAACGUCUGAUUGGUUAUGUUCAACAACAAGAUUUGCAUUUGGAAACAUCAACUGUGCGUGAAGCAUUAAGAUUCAGUGCUUAUUUAAGACAAUCGCGUAAAGUUUCCAAAGCUGAAAAGAAUGAAUAUGUGGAAAAGAUUAUCGAAUUGAUGGAAAUGGAAUCUUAUGCGGAAGCCAUUGUUGGUGUUCAAGGAGAAGGAUUAAACGUGGAGCAAAGAAAACGUUUAACCAUUGCUGUUGAGUUAGUGGCUAGACCCAAAUUAUUGUUGUUUUUGGAUGAACCUACAUCAGGAUUGGAUUCGCAAACGGCAUGGUCAAUUUGCAAAUUGAUUAGAAAAUUGGCCAACCACGGUCAAGCCAUUUUGUGUACUAUUCAUCAACCAUCAUCAAUCUUGUUGGAAGAAUUCGAUCAAUUAUUGUUUCUUCGUAGUGGUGGUGAAACGGUUUACUUUGGGGAAUUUGGUUACCAAUGUCAAACAUUGAUCAACUACUUUGAACGUAAUGGUGCUCCUAAAUGUCCAGCCGAUGCAAACCCAGCUGAAUGGAUGUUGCAUGUGAUUGGUGCUGCCCCUGGAUCCAAUGCCAACAAAGAUUACUUUGAAGUGUGGAAAAAUUCACCAGAGUAUCGUGCUGUUCAAGAGGAGUUGGAUGAAUUAGAACAAAUGGGUACUGGGGCAGUAGGAUAUGGACAUGCACCUAGUGGUACCACCACACCAUCAACAAAGAAAUUGUGGAGUGAUGAAAAAGAAGCAAAGAGAACAUAUGCAGCUCCACUUUUGACACAAUAUUACUAUGUUUUGAAACGGUUGUUCCAACAAUACUGGCGUACCCCAUCUUAUAUCUACUCCAAGUUUGCUAUGGCCAUAUUAUGUUCUAUGUUUAACGGGUUCACUUUCUUCAAGUCAAAAAACUCCAUUCAAGGAUUGCAAAAUCAAAUGUUGUCAAUAUUCAUGUUAUUUGUGGUUAUGACCACAUUGGCACAACAGUAUGUCCCCAUGUUUGUUACUCAACGUGACUUGUACGAAGCAAGAGAACAUCCAUCAAGAACGUUUUCCUGGUUAGCAUUUAUUGCUGCUCAAAUCACUUCGGAAAUUCCUUAUCAAGUUGCUGCUGCUGCCAUUUCCUACUUUGUGUGGUACUAUCCUGUUGGUAUGUAUCGUAAUGCUGGAGAUGCUGUUGAACAACGUGGAGCAUUGAUGUGGAUUGCUAUGACAUUGAUGUUUGUUUACAGUUCGACAUUGGCCCAAUUGUGCAUUUCAUUUAAUCAAUUGGCUGAUAAUGCAGCAAACAUCAUUUCAUUCCUCAUCACAGUUAGUAUGACAUUUUGCGGUGUUAUUGCCACUAAGGAUUUCAUGCCUCGUUUUUGGAUUUUCCUUUAUCGUUGCAAUCCAUUCACCUACCUUAUAUCAGCAAUGUUGUCAAUUGGUGUUGGUAAUUCAAGAAUCAGAUGUUCUCAACGUGAAUAUUUACACUUCCCACCUGAACAACCGGGUGUUCAAAAAUGCAAAGACUACAUGGGAGCUUAUAUUUCCAUUGCUGGUGGUUAUUUAACUAACCCAGAAGCCACUGAUAGUUGUGAAUAUUGUGCUAUGGACAAAACAAAUCAAUAUUUAGCAAGUAUCGAUAUUUCCAUUCACAACUUCGGUCGUGAUGUGGGAAUCUUCAUUGCUUUUAUUGCAUUCAAUAUGAUUGCCACUGUGUUUUUGUAUUGGUUGGUCAGAGUACCCAAGGGAAAUAGAGAAAAGAACAAUAGUUGGUUUUCAAAAUUCGCCAUUUACAAUGGAUAUAAUGAUCAAGCUUAA